GUUUGUUGUAUUUCUCAAUGGGGUAUCUCUAAAAUCUGCAGAAAAUGAGUUUCUACAGUGGUGUGUUCAUUGGCAUCGUCUUCGGCAUCGGCUUGGUCAUCGCCUUCGCUCGUUAUGGAAAUACCCGAUCCAGGCGUCGCUCCGAUUUGGCGAAGACGGUGGCAGCAUUUGCAAGAUUGACAGUGGAAGACUCAAAAAAGAUUCUUCCAGCUGGGUUUUAUCCAACUUGGGUGGUAUUUUCAGAGCGACAGAAGUUAAGUUUAACCCCCUUUUUGUUAACUUGGCUUAAUCUUCAACUUGACAAGAUUUGGCCAUAUGUUGAUGAGGCAGCCUCAGAGAUGAUAAGAAACAAUUUGGAGCCAGUUCUUGAGCAAUAUAGGCCAGCAAUCUUAGCUUCACUCAAGUUCUCCAAGUUCACCCUUGGCACUGUGGCUCCACAAUUCACAGGAGUUUCCAUUAUUGAAAGUGAAAGUGAUGCUCGGGGAGUCACCAUGGAGUUGGAGAUGCAGUGGGAUGGUAACCAAAAUAUUAAACUUGAUAUAAAAACCAGAGUUGGUGUCUCACUACCAGUACAGGUAAAAGAUAUUGGAUUCACUGGGGUUUUCAGGUUAAUUUUCAAACCACUUGUUGAUGAGUUUCCUUGUUUUGGAGCUGUUUCUUAUUCACUGAGAGAAAAUAAAAAGAUGGAUUUUACUCUUAAAAUUGUGGGUGGUGAAAUAUCAACACUCCCAGGGAUUUCUGAUGCUAUUGAGGAAACCAUACGGGAUGCUAUUGAAGAUUCUAUAACAUGGCCAGUUCGGAAAAUUUUGCCUAUAUUACCUGGGGAUUAUAGUGACCUAGAGUUGAAGCCUGUAGGAACAUUAGAAGUGAAGCUAGUGCAAGCGAAGGACUUGACAAACAAAGACAUCAUUGGGAAAUCUGAUCCUUUUGCUGUCUUAUUCAUACGCCCACUGCGUGACAGAAUGAAAACCAGCAAAACAAUUAAUAACCAAUUGAAUCCAGUCUGGAAUGAACACUUUGAGUUCAUUGUUGAAGAUGAAUCUACACAGCAUUUGACUGUAAGAGUUUUUGAUGAUGAAGGGAUUCAGGCGCCUGAACUCAUUGGUUGUGCUCGAGUGCUACUGAAGGACCUUAAGCAUGGUAAAGUUGAAAAUUCGUGGUUGAACCUGGUGAAGGAUUUUGAAGUUCAAAGAGACACUAAAUACAGGGGCCAGGUGCACUUGGAGCUCUUGUACUGUCCUUUUGGAACAGAAAGUAGCUUUAAAAACCCCUUUGACCCCGAAUACUCAAUGACCUGUUUGGAGAAGAAGGCCCUCAAGAGUGGAGCUAAUGGAACAGAGGUUGGUGAUCUUGGAAAAACUGCAAAGCAAAAGAAGAGGAAUGUCAUUGUAAGAGGAGUAUUGUCUGUGACAAUAAUAGCUGCUGAAGACUUACCAGCAGUAGAUUUGAUGGGAAAGGCCGACCCCUUUGUUGUCCUCAUUAUGAAAAAAACUGAAACAAAAGCCAAGACUAGGGUUCUAACCAACACCUUAAAUCCAGCCUGGAAUCAAACAUUUGACUUUGUUGUGGAGGAUGCAUUACAUGAUAUGUUAAUUGUGGAAGUUUGGGACCAUGACACUUUUGGGAAGGAAAAAAUAGGAAGAGCCAUCAUGACACUCACAAGGGUGGUAUUGGAAGGGGAGUUUCAGGAUAGUUUUCCCCUGGAUGAUGCUAAAUCGGGAAAGCUUUAUUUGCAUCUCAAGUGGACACCAGAGCUUAAAUUUCGGGAUUCCUAAUCUUUGUAAAAUUGCAGACCAGACGUGAGAGUUGGCUUCAAAUUCCAUUGAAUUUCCUUCCCAUGAUCCAUAUAAGAAUGGCAUUGGCUGUUACCAUCAUGUCAACCUGUAAAGAGAACUGAAGGAAAACACUAGAAGAAAAUCUGAUUGGAUUCUAUGUCAAAGCUAGAAGAAAAUCUCAAGGAGCACAGUUACAGGACAAAUUGUUGGGCAUGGCACCCACUGAUACCAACAUCUUCAAUGUGUACAUGUAACAGAUUUAUUGUAAAAUCUGUAACUUUUGAUUUCUGGUUGUAUUAUUUUUCGAAUGGUGAUUGAAAUGAAG